AUGGAAAGUGUUAAGAAGGAGAAGGGCUCAUCAUCUUAUCUUCCUCAAGAUCUGAUCGAAAAGAUUCUUUUGAACUUGCCGGCUAAAUCCAUACCAAAGCUCGUCGUCGUCUCGAAGCUCUGGUCUUCUAUCAUCCGAGGCAAAAGUUUCAUCGAUCUCUACAUGGAACAAUCUCAAUCUCGUCCAUGUUUUCUCCUCUCGUUCCACCGUGACAGCAUCCAGUUCUUCCAGAUCAAGCCGUCUCAGUCUCUGGAGGCAGCGUCGACGUCACCGUCUUCUUCUUACACUAGUACAACAUCAAGCUUUCCUCUGAAUCUUGAUACACUAAGUUACAACGUUUAUCCACCUGUAUGCGGCUUGAUCUGCUUUCAAAAUUUGGAUAAGGUGGUGGUUUCGAACCCUAGCACGGGCCAGUUCUUUGUUUUACCAAAACUCAACACUAGGAGAACAGGGAUAUCAAGGUUUUUGGGAUACGAUCCGGUUAAAGAUGAAUACAAAGUCUUGUGCAUGACGGUAUUGAUAACUUCUCGAAACGUUGUGAGCGAAGACCAUCAAGUUUUCACUUUAGGUGGAGGAGCUCAGAAGGAGAAGAAAGAAGCUACAUGGAGGAUGAUCAAAUGUAAGGUUCCGCAUUGUCCUGUAGCCAAAGUGAAAGAGCUAUGCAGCAACGGUCUUGUUUAUUACGGAGCUUGGUCCAACAAUAAGGGAAAAAGCAAGGUGGCUUUAGCCAAUCACUCAGAUUUUGGUAAAUUUGAUAUGUGGGUUUUGGGAGAUGUCGUCAAACAAGAAUGGUCAAAGAUCUCUGUCGUGGUUCCUUCUUGGAAUGAUUUAGUUGGACUUGGACGACGAGACCACUUCUCUUUGAGAGGUGUCGUUAGUUCCGGCAAAUUCAUAUUCGCACCAGUCUAUUGGCGUGGCCCGUUUUGUGUUAUCAGUUACGAUCCCAAGGAAGAUAUUGCCAGAAGAGUUGUGAUUGAAGGCCUUGGAGAUAACUUGCGUUCUGUGAGACUCUACUUGGAUCAUGUGGAGCGUCCUAUAAUUCUCUAA